AUGGACGAAAGCAAUAAUGAACAUGCACUACUAGACGCCGGGGACAAGGGGACAGAGACCCCAGGAAAUAGAGACCUAACGAACCGCAGGGGCCAAAGUAACGCACAUACAUAUCAAAAAGCAAUGCUCAUGAGUGGAAAGCACAAAACUGACACCGAGGUCGCUACGACUAAUCCCACCCCGGGCCAGAAAGAAACCCACCAUAAGACAGGGUCCCGAGAUCCGGAAGGGAGGGCACAAAUCACGCAAGGGGACAGCACUAAUAAAUACACGAACCCUAGGGAAUACAGGGACAGAGUUCCCUAUCUUACAAAAAGAUAA